CUCUUCUCUCCUCCCCCCCCUCUCCUCCUCACCUCUCUAACUCUACACUUCCUUCUAACUCACAAUAUAUUGAGGGUAGAUCGAGCCCAGUUCCCGUUCCCUGUCCCCUCUGACACUGUGCCCGGAUUUGGGGCAAUUGCGGACAGGGAUGAAGAGGGAGUCAGAAGCGAUCUCUCUCUCUCUCUCUCUAUUUCCUCUCUGUGCAAUGUAACAGCUCCAAGUGUUGCUGGCCGCUGUUAGUUCUUUCAGACUGGAUUAUAUAACAGUUAUUUAUUUUUGAGGGAAAGUUGCAGACGAGUGCAGAGCAGCGCAAACUGAACUCGGAUGUUACAUUCGGAGUCUUGUGAGAGGAUACUGGGCGGACAGAUUAGAGAGGGCCUGAUCUGGGGCAGAUGGGCAGCAGUCCGAUCCAACUGACCAAGACCAAACUGGGGAAGCUGCAGAUUGUCCACCGGCGCCUGCUCCAGCGCUAUGAGUACCAGCCUUUCCUCUCCUGCCUGGCAGGACUCUACGGCUGCCAGUGGAGACGUUACCAACGCACGCGGAUCCUGCCUGGAGAAUUCUGCUGCAGCAAGUUUGAAUUAUUCUGCUUUGGAAUUCUCGUGUCAACGUUUGGCCUGGCGUUUGUUCUCCUUUACUUUUGGGGUGAAGCCAAGAAUGACUACAAUGAUUUCGAUUGGAAUUUUUAUAGCGGCAAGUGGAUUCCCUGGUCUGUAGUCGUCCUUGGAGUGACAGCAACAUUUUUUACAUACAUCGCUAUUUUACUGGUUCUGGCGAUCUGUCUACUCAGCGAGGGCCAGCGGCUGCAUCUAUUCUGGGGCCACAAGAUUGGGAUUGUUCUAGUAUUAGCUGUGUGUGCUGUCGCCAUUGGUUUCUUGUACCAUCAGUGGCGUGAGGAAUGGAAUACCUUCACCCUCUCCUUUCAGGUCACCGCUCCCUAUCUGCAUGUUGGAGCUGUAGCAGUGAUGACGGUGCUUUCCUGGCCAGUGGCUCAACACUUUGCCAGGAUGAACAGAAAAGCUCCCAGAGCCAUCAUUUUGGGUCUAUAUUUUGCUGUUCUGCUUUUCCUCUACCUGGUGCCUCUCGGUAUGUAUUCUCCCUGCAUCAAAGAGAAGGGGACCCUGGGGCCAAAGCCAGCCAUUAUUGGACACAGAGGAGCACCAAUGUUAGCACCAGAAAACACAUUGAUGUCAUUUGAGAAGACGAUAGAACAUGGAGCAGACGGUCUGGAGACUGAUGUCACCAUUAGUUGGGAUGGAGUGCCGUUUCUCAUGCACGAUCAAACCCUGAGAAGGACCACCAACAUUGAAGAGGUGUUCCCGAGCAACAAGACCAAGAAUGCAGCCUCCUUUAUUUGGAAUGAACUGGCAGAACUGAAUGCUGGGAAAUGGUUCCUUCAGGACAACCCCUUCGGAACGAAACAUUUGUUGUCACGUGAGGAUAGGGCGAAGGCCAACAGGCAGUCGGUCUGUCAGCUCAGUGAGCUCCUCAAGCUGGCUGCUGCCCAUGGGAAGUCCGUCAUCUUUGACCUGUUCAGGCCUCCCCACAAGCACCCGUACCGAAACAGCUUCAUACACCAGACUGUCACCACCAUCCAGAGGUCUGGCAUCAACGAGAGCUUGGUUCUCUGGUUGCCCAAUGCUAUGAGAUCAUUUGUGCAGCAGAUGAUGCCUGGAUUUGUGCACAUUCAUGGAGGAAAGAAGCCCAUCAAAGAGUUACAGGAGGACAAAAUUGACAAACUCAACAUACGCUACAGUGAGAUUUCCAGCAAAGAGAUCAGGAUGUAUGCAGCUGCCAACAUCAGCACCAACCUCUAUGUUGUGAGUGAGUUGUGGCUCUUUUCUUUGGUAUGGUGCUCAGGUGCCCAUUCUGUCAUCACCAAUGCCCCACAGCAGCUGAAGGAACUCCACUGGCCCUGGUUUCUAAUGACCCCUUCUCAGUACAGAACGAUGUGGAUUUCAGCAGAUGUUGUAUCAGCCGCAUUGAUCCUAAUAAUAUUCACCUUCAAUUGGUGGAGAGAGAAUGGAUUGCCAUGCUUUCCAUAUGAGAGAAGUGGCAGCGAUAACCUGGUUUAUAGCAAGUUCCAAACAGAAAUGAACAACGUCUGGUCCAUUUCCAAAGAAGCUGACUACUGUGGUGACAGAGUGUCGAAUACAACACCCACAUCAGAUGCCAUUGGCCUCGCCUGACCAACGGUUGGAAAAUAAAUGGAAGAUGUUGUCAGGGUGUAGUUGCGGGGGUGGAUUCGGUGGUGGAAGGGAGGAGGAAUGGUACAAUCCCACGUACAUAAGGAAAGGCAGCAGGCUGUGCAGACAAGUAGCUACAGAGUGGUGUCCACCUGCAUCCUUUCCCCAGUGUCGCUGGCUUUGGGAGUCCACUUGCAGGAAGAGUUCCCUCAUUGUGCUCAGACUGAUCAAGGACCCAAUGAAUCGAACUCGUGAUUCAAUUCGCUCUCGAGACGCGAGAGUCGCUGACAAGGCUGACCUCAUUCCCCCAUCUCUUAGGUGGCUCACGAAGAGAUAGUGCAAUAGGUGAGGAACUGGCUAACCAUGCCACUUGGAGGAGGCAGUGACGAGUCGGCCAUGUCAGUGGGUGAAUCCUCCCAUCUUCACCGGAUCUUCAGCACCCGCAGUUAAACCCUGCAACUUUCUCCACUACCUUUGUGACUUGUGUUCAUCAAUCUUAAUAGCUACAUGCAAAUGUGGAGUUCAGCUGUGGGAGGGGGCA